AUGGUAGGGAACUUCAGGGAACCUGCCAUGCUAUACGAUUGUGACAGAAAGCUUAAUGGUGAGUUAAGCUCAAGCCAGCAUCCAAGAAAGGUUGUCAGUGGUUUGAUUCCCGAUACUAACUCCGCUGGACUACAAUUUCUACCAGAAGAACUACAGUUUAAACCUAGUAGUCUAAGUUAUCAGAUCGGUGUGUGGACUAGAAAUAAGAUAAAUAAAAGGUCAAGAUUCGGUCCAAUACUGGCUCGUCUUGAGACAACACGAACAUCUAAGUUAUCGUGGAAGGUGGUAGAACAGUGUGGAAAAUUGAGAGGUUGGCUUUGCACUGCUACCAGACCGUCAGGCCAUUGGACGAAUCUCGUGCGUCGUGCUGACGACAUGGUAGCCAGUAAUACUUGUUUGGUGUAUGAAAAUGGAAAGUUGUAUCUGGAGGUUUCUAUACCUUUGGAAGAAUCAACCGAACUUAUCAUUUCAGCUGCAGAAAUGAUCCUAGAAGAACAAAUUAACCUCACUAGCGACCAAGACCUUUCUAAACAUCACAGUCAAACAUUUACAAAUGUCACUGCUUGCAGCUCUAGUAGUGAAACACCACUCCCCAGAUCUAGUCUCAAAAACCAACUCUAUUCAUUCUUCAUCCAAUCAUUACCUCCUCCAGUAAUACCAAUCUCGUGGACGGAAGAGAGAGCUCUUCUGCGAACCAACAACGAACAUUCUACUGAAAUGAGCGAUGAAGGAAUAUUUGACCAACUUUCUGACACGCAGAGUUUCAACGACUUGGAUAUUUCUUCUCAUUGGUGUAGCGACUUAGUACAAAGUGACAAAGAAUAUAUAUGUGACCAGUGUCCGAAGGUAUUUAACUGGAAAAACAAUUUAAUUCGCCAUCAGGUAUCGAACGAUGAUAAGCGUUUUUACAUUUGUGAAAACUGUAAAAAAAUAUUUACCGAUCCCAGUAACUUACAACGUCACAUCCGGUCCCAGCACAUUGGCGCGCGUUCUCAUGUUUGCUUAAAGUGUGGGAAAACAUUUGCGACCUCUAGUGGUUUGAAACAGCAUACGCACAUUCACAGUAGUGUUAAGCCGUUCCGGUGUGAAGUUUGUUUUAAAGCUUACACACAGUUCUCUAAUUUAUGCCGACACAAAAGGAUGCAUGCUAACUGUCGCAUGAAAGUUAAAUGCCAUAAAUGUGGUCAAGCGUUUUCAACAAUGACGUCACUAUCUAAACAUAAAAGAUAUUGUGAUGUCACAGUGCUGACAUCUGCUCAGAAUUCUGCAAUUUAUUCUUGUUUUUCUGAGGGUCAUUCUACUGGUCAAAACGUAGAGACCAGCAAGUGUUCUGAUUCUCUGAAUAUAGUGCCACAAACCAACCAGCUUUUGUUCUACCCUAGGCUGUCAUUCUACUCAUCCGCUUUUUAUAGUGACCCUUUGCUUUCGCGUAGAAGCCUCACUGGGCCAUGUCCCUUUUAUUUAGAUCCUACACCAUUCACUUCAAACACAUCUUUGACAUUUCAUGCUUCAUGCAGUCCAGAAAAACAUCCUGGUCCUAAGAACCAACCGCCUAACAUCCAAAGACCAACGUUUUUACAGCAAGAGAAAGAGAUGUGUUUGGAGACCUUGGAAUUUGAUAUUUCAGAGGAAAUGGCAUCAAACAGGGAUUUGGAGGAAUUCUCUACUACGGAAGAUGAAUACAUUAGUGGUGAUGACAAUGCAAAAACGCCCUUGUUUACCCAAAAUUACAGUGUACCUGACCUAUUGUUUAAUUCAAACCGAAAUUGUCCUGUUAGUAAGCUACCAGUUGUGAGAGAAAGUAGUAAAAUUCAGGCCUGGCAAAUAAAACUUCCGACAUCCGAUUCUUCCGAAAAACUUUAUGAUCUUUCUCAGAUGAAUAUUUCUUCAAAAGAACAGCAAAUUACCAGAAGUCACGAAACAGAUAAAAAAUCUCAAAGAGAAGAGCCUCUUGAUUUGCGCAUCCUUAAGACAAAAAUUUCUUUAGAAAAAGCCGAAGAAACUGAAUUUCAGUUUCAGGAAAGUACAAAGCUUCGGCUCAUAAACACUAUCGUCUCCAGAAACAAUACACAGUCUUUGUCUCAACCAUCAUUUCAUGCGACUUAUCCUAGACCUGUGCAUCCAAUAAUCUUGGGAAAAAUUAAUGGCCUCCAACAAAAACACUCUGUCCUUCCUUGUCCAUCUAGAUUACCAUCUCUAUUUUUACAAAGACCAGCAUUCUUAAGUCAUCCUGUUUUUGGUACCAGUGUUUCUUUAGACCCCCGGAGAAAUCACUUCGAGAAGAUGGAGAACCAAAUGGGUGAUAUACUUUUUCAACAAUUAAACAAAAACAAAAAUGGCUACUCAUGUAAAUUCUGUGAUAAAGUAUUCCCUCGUUCUGCUAAUCUUACUCGCCAUCUUCGAACCCACACAGGAGAACAGCCGUACAAAUGUAAAUACUGUGAAAGAUCAUUCAGUAUUUCCUCCAACCUCCAACGUCAUGUUCGGAAUAUUCACAAUAAAGAGAAGCCGUUCAAUUGUCUGCUUUGUGAUCGCAGUUUUGGUCAACAAACCAACCUGGAUCGACAUUUAAAAAAACAUGAAACCGGCGGGUUGAACCUUUAUGAAAAUUCUUUAAAACAAGACAGCAAGGCUGAAAGGGCGUUUGAUGAGAUUCGAAACUUUGUAGGAAAGGUUACGUAUUUGAAUGCUAACAACGACAAACACAUUUCGGAACAUCUAGAAUUAGAUAAGAAUGAUCUAAUGGAUCUGGUUAGAAGAGACACGCCAGAGGAACCAGAAGAAACUCUACACAAAGAGAAGUUCUGUUUUGAACCUAUGAAAGAUGAUAAUGUUCAUUCUUCUGCACAGCUAACGAAGUUUGCCAGUGAGUCAAAUAUACCUAAAUAUUUUAUUUCCAGUACUCAUUAUACGCAAAAUCAGAAUUGA